AUGAAAUUUUCCAUAGUCGCCACUAUGGUUUUUCUAAGCCAGUUAUUGUUGGUUAGUGGUAGUAUGUCACUCACGAAGUUUAGUCCAUUUGAUUCCCCGGACUUCUGCUCUCAGAUCAUCACGCCUACUUGUAACACAACAUUUUCAUAUAUCGAUCGUUUAAAUGAACAGAUUCGCCCAUAUUUGACAUCAUUAGUGGAAACUCCAUACUUUAGGUAUUUUAAGUUGAAUUUCGAUAAACAAUGUAAAUUCUGGGAUACCCAGCACUUCUGUGCUACCGAAAACUGUGCUGUUGAAAUUUUGCCUCCUUCACAAUAUAACUGGUCAAAUAUAAGCAAUGAGAACUUGAAGCCUUCCAAAUUAGGGCAAAUAAAACGUCCAGAAUCAACUGGAUUGGCAGACGAGUCGGCUAACGGAGCAGAAACUUGCGAAGAUUUUGAUUACUGCCAUAUUGACGAUGAUCACCAAUGUGUUUACGUAAAUUUAUUGGAUAACCCAGAACGUUUCACCGGAUACGGUGGAAAUCAAUCAUAUGAUGUAUGGAAGGCUAUAUAUUCUGAAAACUGCUUUCCAAACACGAAUCCAAUGUCGAUGAAAGAUCCUAAUGCAGAACCAGAACAAUGUGUUGAGAAGAAAUUAUUCUACAGAUUGAUUUCGGGUAUGCAUGCAUCUAUCGCAGUUCAUUUAUCAAACGAAUACUUAUCACCUGGUUCAGGAAAUUUUGAACCUAACUUAAAAGUUUUUAUGGAAAGAGUUGGAUCUUUUAAUGAUAGAUUAUCUAACAUCUACUUUAAUUUUGCUUUGAUCAGUGAAUCAAUUGUAAAAUUAUCAAAUUUCCCAAAGUUGCUUGAUACUAUCGAUCACGGUGAUGAUUUUAAUCAGCAUUUCUUGUCUAAUUCUGACCAAAAUUACAAACAAUUAUUAAGUAACAUAGUUCCUGAAUUAUCAUCUAAUUUGUUGUAUAAUUCUUCCACUUUAUUCAACCCAGAAGUAGUAUCACCAACUUUAAAGGAUGAGUUCCGUGCUCGUUUUAAAAACGUCUCUGCUAUAAUGGAUUGUGUUGGUUGUGACAGAUGCAGAAUGUGGGGUAAACUUCAGACUAUUGGCUAUGGUACUGCCUUUAAAAUUCUUUUUGAAGGAGACAACAUUGAUAAAUUAAAAUUCAGAAGAAUCGAAUUAGUUGCAUUAUUUAACACUUUCGACAGAUUAUCUAAAUCGAUUGAAGCCAUUAACAACUUUAAACAAAUGUAUUUGAGUCACCUUGAUGAUGUCAAGAAAGGUUUAGUAAAGCCAGGUGACUACGAGAAUUUUGAUGCAAAGAAGAACGAUGGUCUCGAUUUCCCAUUUUUGCAGUCAAUUAAUUUAGAUUCCGAUAAAUCAACUAAAGAAAAGAAGUCUACAAACAAAGAUUCAAAAUCUAAAGGUCCAGCUAAAAGAAAGUCAUUGACAUUAAAAGAGGAAUUUAAUAAAGCUUUCGCUGAAGUUAUGGAUGCAUUAUUCUAUGUUCUUGGUAGUUACAAGCGUCUUCCAAGUAUAGUUUACAACGUUUCAUUGUUCAAAUUGAAUCGCUGGUGGAAUAUUUUCAUUGGACGCGAAGAAUACAACCAAUACAUGGAAUAUCAAUUACUCCAAAGUAAAGAACAAAAUGAUUACAUAAAUUUGUUUUCACAAUAG